ACCUGGGUCUGAAACAAUGUCCUCCGCCGAAAGAAACGCAAAGGACACUUGAUCACCCAAUCCUUGGAAUUAUUUCCAGGUAUCACUUGCAGAAGCCGUUCGGAGCAGCCUUUCCCUGGCAGAGCACACAGGGACGGCCAGGAGAUGAGCGCAUCUUUGAAUUACAAGUCUUUUUCCAAAGAGCAGCAGACCAUGGAUAACUUGGAGAAGCAGCUCAUUUGUCCCAUUUGCUUAGAGAUGUUCACCAAGCCUGUGGUCAUCCUCCCCUGCCAGCACAACCUGUGUAGGAAAUGUGCCAGUGACAUUUUCCAGGCCUCUAACCCAUACCUGCCCACAAGAGGAGGUACCACUGUGGCCUCCGGGGGCCGGUUCCGCUGCCCAUCCUGUAGACACGAAGUGGUUUUGGACAGACACGGGAUCUAUGGGCUUCAGAGGAACCUGCUGGUGGAAAACAUCAUUGACAUCUACAAGCAGGAGUCCACCAGGCCAGAAAAGAAGUCCGACCAGCCCAUGUGUGAGGAGCAUGAAGACGAGCGCAUCAACAUCUACUGUCUCAACUGCGAAGUGCCCACCUGCUCUCUGUGCAAGGUCUUUGGGGCGCACAAGGACUGCCAGGUGGCUCCCCUCACUCACGUGUUCCAGAGGCAGAAGUCCGAGCUCAGUGAUGGCAUUGCUGUCCUAGUGGGAAGCAACGAUCGGGUCCAGGGGGUGAUCAGCCAGCUGGAGAGCACCUGUAAGACAAUUGAGGAAUGCUGCAGAAAACAGAAACAGGAACUCUGUGAGAAGUUUGAUUACCUGUAUGGCAUCUUGGAGGAGAGGAAGAAUGAAAUGACCCAAGUCAUCACCCGAACUCAAGAGGAGAAGCUGGAACAUGUCCGUGCUCUCAUCAAAAAAUAUUCUGACCAUUUGGAGAACGUGUCAAAGUUGGUUGAAUCGGGGAUACAGUUCAUGGAUGAGCCAGAAAUGGCAGUGUUUCUGCAGAAUGCCAAAACCCUGUUACAAAAAAUUUCUGAAGCAUCGAAGGCAUUUCAGAUGGAGAAAAUAGAACACGAUUAUGAGAACAUGAACCACUUCACAGUCAACCUCAAUAGAGAAGAAAAAAUAAUACGUGAAAUUGAUUUUUACAGAGAGGAUGAAGAUGAAGAAGAAGAGGGAGAAGAGGGAGAAGGAGAAGGUGAAGAAGAGGGAGUAGAAGUGGAAGAGGCGGAAGACGUCCAGACUGAGUCGUCAGGGGGGGAUGAAAGUACAGAGAAACGCUUGGAGCCCUCUCCACCGACCUUGGAGCUCCAGGCUGCCCCUGAGGCACCCCCAGUUUCCUCUCCGGACCCCCCUCCAGCCCUGCUACCUGCUGCGGAAGCCUCGGUGACACAGGGGGAGGUGGUCCCCACUGGCUCCCAGCAGACCACAGAGUCUGAAACUCCAGUCCCAGCAGCAACGGACACUUCGGACCCCUUGCUUUACCCUAGUUGGUAUAAAGGCCAGACCCGGAAAUCCACCGCCAACCCACCUUCCGCCCCAGGGAGCGGAAGUCUCGGGCGCGUAGGGCCUUCAGGUUCCGAGGAUGCGCGUGCGCGGAAGGCUGACGGGGCGGAAGCCGCAGCCAGGGAGAGGGCAGCAGUGAGUGGUAAGGAUGCUAGCUCACCUGCAGCUACUUCUCAGGCCCAGAGAUGAAUUUCUCCCCCAAUUCUGAGGCUCUGCCAAUCUAAACAGACCCAAGUUCCCAAGCACUACUCGUGGCCUCACAGCCCCUUCCUGAAGAGAAUCACUCCGUCAUCUAAUCCUGCAUGGAAGGGGAUCCUGACUCAGAACGAGACUCAUUGGGCAAUUAUUCAGUAAUCCAGUGGGAGUGGACCCUCCAUAAUAGCCAUUGAAAGUGUUAGUCACUCAGUCCUGUCUGACUCUUUGUGACCCCAUGGACUGUAGCCCACCAGGCUCCUCUGUCCAUGGCAUUCUCCAGGCAGAACAGCCAUUAGAGGAGGCCAUUUUCCAAAGGUGUCCAGAAUGCUAUGAAUAGUCUGCUCUUAGAUGGAUGACCAGCAAAGGCCUCAUACAGGACUAUGCAGGUUUCCAUCAGUUCAGUAGCAGCAUAUCAUCUGCCUCACCAGAGAGGAGCCCAGGUGGGCAGGUAACUGCUUUGGUGGGCAGGUAGACCAGGUGACUUCUGGUUCUCUUUGCACCCUCAGAGUCCACAGUGUCUCUCCUAAGAGAGGGGAGCCCAGGCGCAGUCACAUGGGGGCAUUUCGGCCAAGUGAGAUCUGACCAAAUAAGGAGCCAGAGGGCCAAUGUUCAUCUACUGGCUGUAACAAAUUAGAACUAAAGAAAAGUCAUAAAGCCAACAGACAGUAUAUUAUUUUUGGUAUGUUGUCUCAUAGUCAAGCCUUUUCUUGAUGACUGUUAGGAGGUUUAAGGACUAACCGUCUUACUCCUUUCAUAAUCUUUUGAAUAUUAUCAGCUUCAUGAGUCAUAUUUAAAGAUUUAAACCCCACGUACUUUUGAGUAAAUGACUCUGCUGGACCGGAGACCCAGCUCCCUGUGCCUGUAGCUCAGAAGUGAUCCAGGGUGACUGGAGCUGAAAGGGCUCAGCUAUUUCUGGCUCGCUGACUUUUCCUGGGUUGACACUGACUCUCCUGGAAGUUCCCCUCAUAGCUCCUUUCUGCCUCAUUAGCUGUCUACUCAGCGAUGGCAGUAGGCUCCCCGUGGGUCCCUGUCAUGCCUAUAACUGUGUGUGAGUGGCACCUACCCCAGUGUCUAAUAGUCAGUCAUAACUUGUGUAUUCUAGAAUGUUCUGAGUGUCUUCAUCAGCUCAAGGGCAUAACUCCUCCUCCUGUCAUUUGUAAUGAACAACAGGGGGAGGAAGUUAUCGGUCAUGGGCUCAGUGGGGCAAUGGGGAGGGAGAGAAAAGUCUGUGCAUAAUUGGAAUAUCCUGAAUAAUUGUGGAUCUGAAUAAUUGUCUGAAGAGUUCAGUUUCUAUUCUGAGAGUUCAGGUUUGGGACUUUGUUGCCAUAUGUCCUUGUAACGCUUCUCUGAGGCUGCGGGGGAAGUCAUGCUUCUUGUCUGCUGUCCAUUGGAGCCCAUGUCAUGGAUGCUGUUUUCACAUGCCUGUCGUGAGGAUUGAGUAGUGUUGGAGAAGACUCUUGAGAGUCCCUUGGACUGCAAGGAGAUCAAAACAGUCAAUCCUAAAGGAAAUCAACCCUGAAUAUUCAUUGGAAGGCCUGAUGCUGAAGUGCCAAUACUUUGGUCACCUGAUGCAAAGAACCAACUCAUUGGAAAAGACCCUGAUGCUGGGAAAGAUUGAGGGCAGGAGGAGAAGGAGGCGACAGAGGAUGAGAUGGUUGGAUGGCAUCACUGACUCAAUGGACAUGAGUUUGAGCAAGCUCGGGAAGAUGAUGAAGGACAGGGAAGCCUGCAUGCUGCAGUCUGUGUGGUUGCAAAGAGUCAGGCACGACUGAGAGACUGAACAACAAGAACACUAUCCCGUUCCAUGCAUAGGCCACAUUUUGUUUACUUACCCAUUGAUGGACACUCAAGUUGCUUCCUCUCAGCUGUUGUGAUAGUGCCACUGUAAACAUAAGUGUACAAACAUCUGUGUGAGUUCUUGCCUUCGGAUCUUUGGGGUAUAUACCCAAACAUGGAAUUGCUGGAUUGUAUGGUAAUUCCAUGUUCAAAUUUUGAGGAACUGCGAUGCUCUGUUAUACCAUUUUACAUUCCCACCAACAGUGACAAGAGUUUUUUUUCCUCCAUGUUCUUGCACCUGAUUCUUGAUGUCUGCAACUAAUUAAAGUCUUUUUCAAAGUACCAUGCACAGUUCAGGCCAAGCCAACACUGGCCAUAGCCUGGAACUGUCCUGUACUCAGGGACAGGUUGCCCACAAGCCUCUGGCAGAAGCAUGCUCCUCAAUCUCCAUCAGCAAGAAAUGGCGCUGGAUGAUAACAUGAGAAGGAUGGUGCCCACACAUCACUCAGCCCUGAGUAACAGCGCCUCUCAUGACCCUCCCCCUCUGUACAGGGAAAAGAUACUCUAGUACCAUAAAUUGACAUUGCAUUCAUUCCCUUUUAAAGGACAUUUGAUAGCAGCAAAGAAAUCAAAGGAAAA